UCUGAGUUUUUUUACUUUGGUCUUGGACUACUGCUCUAAAGCCCAGUUCACACUGGCAUCACUUCAGUUUUUCCUAGAUUUUUUGUCUUUUCAAUCAGAAAGUUCACCCUUUUUCCCCUCUAUGCGCAGGCGCAGUAAUGGAUUCUCAACGUCCAGAAUAGUAUAGAAUAGUCAGGUGACUUGUCAUUGCACUGCUGAAGCAAUUGACAUGAUAACGACGCCCUUAUCCAAUCAGAGAAGUGGAAAUGCUUCUUCGGUUGCACCGUGGCCAAUGAACGAGUUGCUAGGCGGAGCUCUUGUAUGGACAGGUGAUUUGUCAUCUCACUGCCGAAGCGGUGUUCCUGUUUACCAUGGUAACGACACCCUUAUCCAAUUAGCAGAGCAGAAAGUCUUGUUUGGUUGCACCGUGGCCUAUGAGCGAGUUGCUGGGCGGGGCUCGGUGUGGCCGGGCCGUUUGAAGUGCGCAGUGCAGUUGUAUAGAGCGGAGAGUUAGGAUGUCGGCUCCCAGCGCUCAGUUCCUGUACACGGAUGAUGCGGUGGAGGUCCGGUACCGGGAUGGAGCGCGGCUGUGUCUGUCUCCAUGCGGGACCGAGUUUAUGUAUGAGCGGCCGCAGGCUGGUGGGCACCCGGUACAGAAACCGGAAAGGGGGCGGCAUAGGACGGAGUAUGUGACCAGCAGCUGCAGGGAACAAGUUCUUCAGGCGCUAAUCUUUCGCAACACCUUUUCCAGCCGUCCAUUUUUACCUGCACGCCUCGUCCCUUCAGAGGAGAUCAUGACUCUUCUGACUGACAUCUCGGAGGUUACGUGGCCCGGUCUGGAGGAUGACACUGGUUGUGUGACACGUCUGGAGGAUGGCAGUGUGAAGGUGUCCUCAUUGGAUGGACAUGCUCAUUUAUACAUGACCGCUCUACAGAAAGAGUUCACAGUGAAGUAUUUAUGCCAGCUCAGCUGCAUGCCCAGCGCUCCAGGAACCACAACCCACAAUAAAACGAAUGCUGACCCGGAAAUAACAGAGACUGAGACCACAAGAAGCAGGACCAUCUAUUCCUCCUGUGUCCUACAGGAGGCGUCUCCGUUAUGUCAGACAAAGCAUGCUUCUCAGUAUACGUGGCUGGUGCAGCGCUUCUCCGUGGCCGACUGUCCACAGCCGUUUCAGUAUCCCAUGGGUCUAGCUUUUCACCUCCACAAGGAGUCUGUCCAUCAAAGUAAAAUUCAUCCAUCUGCGCGCACAGAGGAGACAGUGACUGACUCCUAUUUCUUACAGAGAACAGGGUCUGUUUUACCUCAUGCAUUACCUCUAACCUGCUCUGCUACACACAUGCACAGAUUGGGUUUUUGUAACUUCUCUUUGGAAGAAGAGAACCUGCUGGCUGUAAAUCCAUUGCCAUUGAAGGUGGUGAUCUACACGGACAUCCUCUACCGAUUAAUUUUGGAUGGAACCAACUUGGUGGAAAUCCACCCGGGCGAUGGCUCAGUUUUUAUUUCUGAAGGCGAAUGUAUAGGAAAAUACUUUAAACAUUGGUUCAUGAAAGAAGAUACUAAACAGGUGGAAGACCGGCUGUACAGUGCUAGAGAUCUGCCUCCAGACAAGCCCCGGGCUCUGUAUUCUGUGCGCUCCAUCAUAUCCCAGGCUAAAAGGUUUUUGGAAUGUUGCUGUAAGCACAAGCUCUCCAUAAAUCCUCUCGCUCACACCUGUUGCUGGAAGACGGGAUCUGGGCCGGACUCCAGAGCAGUCGCACCGGUUCUGCUCGAGCAAUCCUUCAUCCCUAACCAAGGAAGAUUUGCUGUAUAUUCCAAUAGCACAGUGUGUGCCAGCUACUUGGAUGGCGUCCUUCUAUACAUGAUUUGGAAUUUUGCCAACUUGAAUACAAAUGAAGAGGAUCCAACCGAUACAACUUUCCAGAUAUCGCCCAACGCUGUCAGACAUGAACAGUUCCCUUGGUUCUCUUUGCGCUUUCCAAAUGGAUCAUCAAAACUGGUAGAAAUGGAGGAUCCUGGAGAAUACGCAAGUUAUAUCAGAACAGCAAUGGCCUGGUGCAGAUGGCUGGAUGAGAAGACACUGGGAGACAUGGUGACUCCAGUUAGUACAGAAACUGAGUUGGUGAAGGGAUUUGGGACAGUGGCUCGUGAGCUCGAAAAGAUUCAGAGGUUUAACUUUCUGUUGGAGCACGGCAGCGCUCAGAGUCACAGAAAUGGUAUUAAACUUCCCAGUCGGGAGGAUAAUGCUGAUGGCGGGCAAGACGGAAUCGGUGAAAUAAAUAUACAGUCUGUCCUGGAGAAGACAUCAAAAGCCAUCCAGGAUAUUGACUUGCUGCUUUCUUGUAGAAAGUAAUAAGUGCAGAUGUGACUCCUGUGGAGAAGCAUAUUCAUUACACCACGUAGUGUGGGUAUAAAUCACAUUCACAGGGCAGGAGAUGGCAGUGGAAUUUAUUUCUUGGACUAAUCAUGAGUCGGAGCUAAUUAAAUGGAGAUUUUCCGAGUACGAGGUGAUAAGUCACCAUCAUCUUAUUCCCCAUGAUGGGUAUCUGUGGUACAAUGACUAAUCAUAGAGCAGCGCACAUCACAUACAGUGAUGCUGAAUGCAAGAUGUGCUGUACAGCUUCUAGUGGACCAUUACAUCAGCUGCCUUCACGGAGUCUGUCACUCUUUAUAAAAUAGUGAACCCCAAAACAUGUUUGUGUAUGUGUUCAUUGUAAAAAUAAAAGAAAAAAAAGCUACUGAAUUUAGUCCUGGAAACAUAUGUGAAGGUAUGAUAAAGAGCGGAUUUGGACUUGAGGGGAAAAGAGAGAUCCUCCCCUCCAAAGUAGUAAAAAAAAAAAUUAAAGGGUACCUCU